UAUACUCCAACAAGACUAUGUUUUGACUUUUGAUUGCCCCUAAAAUAAAACGGAGAGGAGGGUGUUUUCAAGUUCCAUGCCAGCUUCUGCAAAUUCGUCGAUCAACCUGAUUUUCGAAGUGGGUUUUUGAGGAUGGUUCUGGUGUUGGCCUUGGGGGAUUUACACGUGCCCCACAGGGCACCUGAUCUGCCUGCAAAGUUCAAGUCCAUGCUUGUACCUGGCAAGAUCCAGCACAUCAUUUGCACUGGAAAUCUUUGCAUUAAGGAAGUUCAUGACUACUUGAAGACUCUUUGUCCUGACUUGCAUAUUGCUAGAGGUGAAUAUGAUGAAGAGACACGCUACCCAGAGACCAAAACACUAACUAUUGGACAGUUUAAGCUGGGAGUGUGUCAUGGUCAUCAGGUUAUUCCUUGGGGAGACCUAGACUCACUGGCCAUGCUCCAGAGACAGCUGGAUGUAGACAUCCUUGUAACAGGUCAUACUCAUCAGUUCACGGCUUAUAAACAUGAGGGAGGUGUUGUUAUAAAUCCGGGGUCUGCAACGGGUGCCUAUAGCAGCAUCACCUAUGAUGUUAACCCUAGCUUUGUGCUCAUGGACAUCGAUGCCCUACGUGUUGUGGUCUAUGUUUAUGAACUCAUCGAUGGAGAGGUUAAGGUUGACAAGAUCGAUUUUAAGAAGACAACCACUGCAAGUCACUCUGCUCAUUGAAAACAGUUUCUAUUUCAGUCUUUUAGACCUUUUUCUUUCUUUCUUUCUUUCUUUCUUCCUUCUUCUUUGUUGGGAUUCUUGUAAAUCCGGUUGGUUUGUGAUUUAUGGUGAUCCCAAUGUUUGUGUAUGCAAGUGAUAGUGGAAACUUUUACUUUUUUAGGAUGGACCCCAGGAUAGGUUUGUAUGAUUUUACAGUAUCUGAUAAAUUUGUGAUCCAUUUAUGAACAAAUGGUGAGACUUCUUGUUUUA